GAUGCACCACCGGUCUUUAGUAGCUGGGAAAGACUCUGAUCCAUCAUGUCGGCUCUUUGUAAAGCAGCAGUGGCAGCAGUGAUACUUGUGCUGGCUCUUGAUUGUGAAGUCCACACAGAGGCUGUCAUUGGAGGCAGAGAAGCUGUCCCACAUAGUCGGCCAUACAUGGUACUUCUGCAAAGGGACGGUAAAAAAGAAUUCUGUGGCGGCUUCCUGCUCAGUGAGGAUUUUGUGAUGACUGCAGCCCACUGCCAGGCCAAGUUUUACACAGUUAAGCUUGGACUUCACAACAUUCAACAGAAUGACUACCAACAACGUAUCAAUGUGGAUCAAGCUUUUCCACAUAAAAACUUCAAUGAAACUUUAAGGAUAAAUGACAUAAUGCUCCUCAAGUUGGGAUCCAAGGCAAAACUGAACAGCAAAGUGCAGCCCAUUGCUCUCGCGGAUUGGAAUGAAGAGUCACUACCAAAAUCAUGCAGCAUUUCUGGCUGGGGACGAACAAAAUGGAAGGAGGGGUUCUUGUCGAACUGCCUCAUGGAAGGCAACGUAACGCUGAUCAACGAUGAGAGGUGUGCCCGGUUCAACCUUUACUGCUCGAUGGGAAGUACCGGUUCAGGAAAUGGAGACUCUGGGGGUCCACUGGUCUGUGAAGAUAACAAGGCAUUCGGCGUGGUCACCUCCUGCUACACAGAGAAAGACAAGCCGGGCGCCCUGCUGUUUUGUAAAUUCUCUAAGAUUGAGAAUUACAGAGACUGGAUCACUUCUACCAUUGAACGUGCUCUGAAGAAAGUGUCCAAGCAUUUCCUUGUUCUCUCUUACAUGAGGAAGCUUCAAAACACCGUCGCUGUCAGUGGUGUGUCUUCAUUAGCUCAGCUGCUCUGUGAUGACAACAUGUUCGUCUUCUGCAAAGUGGCAGCAGUGACUCUUGUCGCUGUGCUGACUCUCUGUGAUCAAGUGCACACAGCGGAGAUUAUCGGAGGCCAUCCGGUCCAGAAACACAGCAGACCCUACAUGGUACUGUUGGAGUAUCAAAUUGCAGAAGGUCAUACCAAGCACUGUGGGGGCUUCCUUGUGUCUAAGGAUUUUGUGCUGACUGCAGCCCACUGCCAGGCCAAGUCUUACAAAGUCUUCGUAGGACUUCACAGCUAUUAUUCAAGAAAUGGAGUGCAGCAGUUGUCUGUGGAGAAACACUUUCCACAUCAAAACUACAAUAAAUGCAGCUACGUAAAUGACAUAAUGCUUCUUAAGUUGAGCUCCAGUGCAAAUUUCACGAAGAAUGUCAGGAACAUUGCUCUUGCAGACGACAACAACUUUCUGCCAAACUCCUGCAACGUGUCCGGCUGGGGACAAACAAAAAAAAAUGGAACAAUGUCUCUUGAUCUCAUGGAAGUCAAUGUGAAACUGAUUGAAAAUCAGAUAUGUGUUCGCAGAAGGGCGUACUGUUCAGGUGACACGGCUGGACCAAGUAAUGGAGACUCUGGUGGUCCUUUAGUCUGUGAGGAUGGGAAAGCACAUGGAGUGGUGUCCUUGGAAUACAAGGCGAAAAAUGGAAAUUCCAAGCCCGUCUUCAUGUACACCAAGAUCGUCGGCAAUCGAAGGUGGAUUGAUUCCAUCCUGAAAAACAACUGAAUGUCAUGAAACAUCUGAAUGAUGAAAUCACAACAUUUCUGCCGUUGUGUCAAGAUGUCCGAUCGCGACAAAGCUUUUGUUAGGACUGAUUACAUAAAAAAGAUGCUGCUUUACAAGUCACUGGAAUUUCAGUUUAAAGAUGUAAGUAUGUCAGUGAUUGAGUCAAGAAAGUGAAAAAUUAUGCUUUUAAAGGUGCUGUAGGCAGGAUUUUGCUAGUCAAUGCUAAUUUUUCUGUGUUUUCUUUGGAUUAAAUGUUAGAGUAUCCAUUGAUAAUCCUUUAGGAGUGUAGCAUAACUGCACUACCGCGAGGGC